AUUUAAUUAGAUUAAUUCAGAUGAGUUUUAGCUAUGCUUGGAUUGUUUAUUGUGUCAAUAGUAUUCCAAAUUGUUUUUUCGGCUUAUUCAAUUGUUGAAGGCAAUGCUAAAAUCUUAAAAACCCCAAAGAUUGUGGGUGGCUAUGGGAUAAACAUCGUUGAUGCUCCAUACCAGGUUUGGAUUGCUCUACGUUCCAGGCAUGAGACGUAUUACGGUGAUGGUCGUUUUUGUGGUGGCUCUGUGAUAUCCCAGCGUGCCAUACUAUCGGCAGCCCAUUGUUUCUACAAUGUAGCACUUAACUUUCCAGGGGAAAAUGUGUCGAGUCUUAUUGUUAUUGUUGCCGGUAGUGCUUCUGUCAGGGAACCCGACAAGUACACCAAGGAAUAUCGUGUACAAGAAGUCAUUAUACAUCCUGCCUUUAAUAAUAUUUCGGAUAACGACAUUGCGUUAGCAUUUUUGAUGGGUUUUAUCCCUUGGAAUUGGCCGCAAAUAAAAGCAGUGCCUCUGGCCGAAAGGCCACCGUCUGUGGGCGAAAUAUGUCUAACCAGUGGCUGGGGCUAUGUGAAUGAGAUGGGCACUCCUUUCGUUUUACGACAGGCUAGUGUACCAAUUUUAAGUAUUGAACGUUGCAGAUUGGCUUAUCCUGAGAUGCCUACCUCUCAAUUAUGCGCAGGCUACUCGGGGGCUGGUAGCAGGCCCUGUUAUGGUGAUUCGGGCGGUCCCUUAAUAUGUUCUAAUCAAUUAUCCGGCAUUGUGUCUUAUGGCAAGUCUUGUGAAGCUCCAAAAAUUCCCGUAGUUUAUACGAAUGUUUCGUAUUAUAUUGAUUGGAUACGACAAGUCAAUUCAUCAUUUGACUAUUCCCUAUAUUCAUAUACAGAUGCUUCUACCGGGCUUAUAAAUUGCAAUUUUGAAAUUAUUUGCUUAACCACAUUACUUAUUCUUCUAGAGUAAAAAUGAAUAUUCUCAUUA